GCGAUCCAUCAUGGGAAGCGCUUCACGGAAAUUUAUACGGCUGAUCGUUAGCGUCGCAAAUGAAAAUGCUCUCAGUGUCAGCGAUGAUCGGUGUCCGCCAGUUCUUAUUGUUUCCGACGCAAACACCGAUUGUCCGCGUGGAUUGCACAAGGAAAUGCCGUGGAAAGCAUCUCAGUGUGAGAAUGGAGAGGACGGGCGGGAAAUAAGCUGUUGCGGCUGCUCAUCCCUCCUUGGUUUCUUCUCCCGGCAGAGUAGAGCGCGACGCAUACAACGGCCAGGGGGAAAGCUAAAAAAUGCCGUGCAGCAGCCGCGAUGCGGAGCUGGUGUGGCCGUUAAGAUCUACCAAGCCGUGGCGCAAGCGCAACCGCCCAGCGCCGGCAGCAACCUGAUCGUCUGCCCCUACUCCAUCCAGCACGUUCUAUUCGCUCGCCUCCUCGGCGCCCGCGAUCAGUUGCGCCAGGAUCUUCUGGCGCUGCUGUGUCCCGACGGGCGCAGCAUCGAUGACGUCAGCGCGGCGUUAUCCUGCGUCGCGGGUGACGCGGCGUUCAGCCAAGUCAACGCGGUCUUGUACAGCCAACUCCUCACGCUGAAACCGUCGUUUAAAGACGCAAUGCUCAACAAAUCCGAUGUGGUGUUUUUACCCGUGGAUUUUGAGAACGCAACCGCCGCCCGGGCGGCGUAUGCGGAGUUUCUUGAAAAGCAUGAAAGCAGCGAUAUGGCCGACCGCCUGCCGGUGGGCGAUAUGCGCAGCGUUCUCGAUAAUCCUUUAACCAGUUUAGUGCUGAUUAAUUUGCUGACGUUCUCCGCGCCGUGGGCGCUGCAGUUCGAGGAGAAGGACACCCGCGACGGCGUGUUUACCUGCCUGGACGGCAGUCAGAAGAAAGUCCCGUUUUUGAUAUCGGGAAACACGACCUGGACGCCGUUUAACGUCGAGAAGAAGACCGCGGCGACGGAUCCGCAGAUGGUGAUUAUGGAGGCCGGCGAGAAGCGGUACAGUGUCAUGUGUAUUCUACCGGCGGCCGCGGGCGGGGAGGCAUUGCGGCAGCUGGAAGAGAGUCUUAGUGUGAAGUUAUUGCGCGGAUGGCGGCGGCAGAGUAUUCGCUAUGGUAUGGCGCUAUCCUUGCCGAAAUUCCGGGUUAACUGCCAGCUGGAGCUGGAGCGCGGCAUGCAGGCGCUGGGUCUGGCGGAGUUAUACUCGCACCGCACCGCCACCGGCUUCUCCGACAUGUUCCAGGAGUGUCCGCUGCAGGGCGCUACCGCGUUCCAGCACAACGUGGUGUUCGAAGUGGACGAGCUGGGCGUCCGGUCGAGCGUGGCCACCAUGUUCUCCGCCGAGUAUCUGUGCGUACCGAGGCCGGCUUUCCUGGCCAACCGGCCCUUCCUGCUGCUGGUCUGGCACAACCAGCUCGACGUGCCGCUCUUCAUCGGCCGCAUCGCCGAUCCCUCGCUGACCAUCUGAAUACAUGCCGGCUGCACCGGAAAGAAAGCUGUCAGCUCCUCUGAGAGGUCUAGUCUCAUAAUUAUGACCGUUACCGGGAUACGCUGGGUGUUGCGAAGAUUUUGUUUGUUGAUCUUGUUCUAGUGUCGUGCUAUCGUGCUGGGUUGUGUUCUGUGAGAUUGAGAAUUGGCGCUGAUCUGGAUUCUAUUGCGCCCUUGGUGGAAAACGUUUUUACGCUUUCUAGCAGUCAAGUUUGUGAAAAUUCACAGCAGCCUAUAGAUGCUCAGCAUACCCACAUCCCAUUUAUUAUCUAGUAUUUAUAUCGACGAAAGACUGCUCAGA